UGAAUUUCUUGCCAGUUGGAAGUGGAAAAAGUUCCUGAAAACACCUCAGAAGUCUCGGAGAAGAUUUUAUUUUGAUUUUUUCUGGGUGGAAUUCUCAUAACUUUUUGCAAUAAAUUCAAUUUAAAUGGAAAAAUGACUUGGAAAAACGAUUUAAUACUCAUCUCAUGGUUCCUCUGUGGAAUUUCUCUUGCCAAAAGUGAUAUUGUUCGGCCAGGAAAUGCAACGUACACUGAGAAUCACUGCUUUUCUGACAUGGAAUGCGCUCUUGGAGAUUACUGCCAAAAGCCCCUUGGCCAGGAGGACGAUGACAAUUCUCCCGGCACCUGCCAAUCCUGUGGCCCCCUCAUGACCUACAAUUACGAACAGAGACACUGUGUUUACUGUCCAAUCUACAAGGAGAAAUGCUACAACAACUGCUGCUACCGAAUUGAUGGUUACAGUGGCUAUGAGAUUCGCUGUGUCAACGACAUGUGCAUGAGAUGCAAGACCAACGAUGACGAUUCUCGGUGUAGCAUCCAGAAUUUCCAGGAAGUCACAUCGAAGUUCAUCGUGGCCUUUGCAAUAGCUUUCUCCGUUGCUCUCACAUCCCUCAUCAUCUACCGCUUCAAUUUCCGCAGACGAAGAGAAAACUUCCCAGAUGAGAGACGUUUCAGCUUUCACAGUGUCACCUCAACGUCUCCCGUGCAGCAGAGAACACAGGAACUGCUGCAGGAUCGUCCUCCACAAUACCAGACACGCCACAAUUACGAACAUCAGCAACGACAGAAGCCGCCAAAAAUCUGCCCCCAGCCCCAGGUGAACAUAGCGACAUCGCUGCCACCUCCUCCGUAUCCAGGAAUGGAGUCCAGUGGCGACUGUGGGUCAGACAAUGUCCAGCCACCUCCGUACAGCCAAACCGAAGGCUCCAGCGAAAAGACUCUCCAUAUCUGAACACGUUUCUCUGUGAUGACUUUAUUCUUGGGCACUUUCUCUCUCGCUCAUAUUUGGAGUAAAACUCAAUUGAUUUAUCAUUUAAAA